CUUUGGAGGCUGGAGGCUGAUUGGCCCAGGCUUGCGGCCAGCCAUUGCCUGUUUGUUCAGGAAGCAGCUAUGAGCUGUCCUAGUGGUUGGACAACCCUGCAGGUAUCCCUGACCCCAUCCAGUCAUACCUCACAGGAGAACUUGACUCGGAGUUAGUUAUAGCUCUCUUUGAAGAUCAGACGGACCUGUACGGGAAGAAGAUGGUCCUUAGAACCAAAGAGGAAGAUGUUCCCAGUGACCUGACUGCAGAAGAGCGUCAAGAACUGGAGAACAUUCGACGAAGAAAGCAGGAACUGCUGGCCGACAUUCAGAGGCUGAAGGAUGAGAUAGCAGAAGUAGCUAAUGAAAUUGAAAACCUGGGGUCCACAGAAGAAAGGAAAAACAUGCAGAGGAACAAACAGGUAGCCAUGGGCAGGAAAAAAUUUAAUAUGGACCCUAAAAAGGGGAUCCAGUUCUUAAUAGAGAAUGAUCUGCUUAAGAACACUUGUGAAGACAUUGCCCAGUUCUUGUAUAAAGGUGAAGGGCUCAACAAGACAGCCAUCGGUGACUACCUGGGGGAGAGAGAUGAGUUUAAUGUUCAGGUUCUUCAUGCAUUUGUGGAGCUGCAUGAGUUCACUGAUCUCAACCUUGUCCAGGCACUACGACAGUUCCUGUGGAGCUUCCGCCUACCAGGAGAGGCCCAGAAGAUCGACCGGAUGAUGGAGGCGUUUGCCCAGCGAUACUGUCGGUGCAACAAUGGAGUGUUCCAAUCCACUGACACUUGUUACGUCCUCUCCUUUGCCAUCAUCAUGUUGAACACCAGCCUGCACAACCCCAAUGUCAAAGAUAAGACCACCGUGGAGAGGUUCAUUGCCAUGAAUCGAGGCAUCAAUGAUGGGGGAGACCUACCCGAGGAACUGCUCCGGAAUCUAUACGAGAGCAUAAAAAAUGAACCCUUUAAGAUCCCAGAAGAUGACGGGAAUGACCUCACUCACACUUUCUUCAAUCCAGACCGAGAAGGGUGGCUAUUGAAACUCGGUGGCAGGGUAAAGACUUGGAAAAGACGCUGGUUCAUUCUGACUGACAACUGCCUUUACUACUUUGAAUAUACCACGGAUAAGGAGCCUCGUGGAAUUAUCCCUUUGGAGAAUCUGAGUAUCCGGGAAGUGGAAGACUCCAAAAAACCAAACUGCUUUGAGCUUUAUAUUCCUGACAAUAAAGACCAAGUAAUCAAGGCCUGCAAAACUGAGGCUGACGGGCGUGUGGUGGAGGGGAACCACACUGUAUACCGGAUUUCAGCUCCAACACCCGAGGAGAAGGAGGACUGGAUUAAGUGCAUUAAAGCAGCCAUCAGCAGGGACCCUUUCUACGAGAUGCUCGCAGCACGGAAAAAGAAGGUCUCCUCCACGAAAAGACACUGAGUGUGCAACUGAGGGUAUUGGUCUGCAAGGCUUGUGGAGCUCUGGCUCUUUGUCCUGUGCCUCCACAGACAGGGUUGCUGCUCAGCAAAGCGUCCUCUCUGCCAGGCCCUGCCCUGAAUUCCUAGAGACCAGCUUCAGCUUUUGCUAUUUCUUUUAAGUGGGAGAAGAGUGGGCAGUUAUCACCAGGGAAAUGGGGACCUGCCGCCUGAGCAGCAUGGGUUCCUGAGUCUUUCUCUCUUAGCAGAGCAGAGCUCCUAUCAGCAAAGCAGCCUUCUGGCAAGUCUUUCCACUCAGCGGGUCUAAUGGCAGAGCUCAGAGCCGACUUUUUACCUCUUGGUUGUUUUCCUGUGAAGAAGCCUUCAAUCCCUGCACCAUAAAUACAUGUAUUGAUAUAUUAUUAUAUGUUACAAAAAAAGGUGGAAAGGAAGAGAAGCCACGUACUAUAAAGAUCUAUUUUUUUUUAAGAGAACCAUAGUGCUGUUUAGGUGCAUUCUGCCCUGUUUGGUUUGGGGAACUUCUCCCUAGGCUGCUGCUACAGGUGUCAACCUGGGCCCAGGGCAAGGCCAGGCCUGCCUCUUCUAUACUCUGGGACCUGGUGAGAGCUCGCUGCCUGGUGCUUGCCUGGGCAAGAGAGAAGGGUGAAGAAGAGAACACAGGGCACAGCAAGGCAGAGGGCACAGCAGGCAUGGCAAGGCCUUGGACAUUGCAGUCAUACUAUGCUUGCCCUGGCCUGGGGCAGAGCCACCAGCAGCACACAGUUAAGCAGCUUCAGCAGAUGCUUUUCCAUCCCAAGUGCCUGCGGAGCACCCAGGAGAGGAGAGAACUGACUGGACACUUACAUUGUUUUCCUCCUUCAGAAUCCAAGUUCUUGUUGGACUUUAACGUAGAAAGUCAGCAUUUUCCUUGAGCUAAAUACCUAAUAACCAAAACUGUGAGGAAGGUUAUCCUGACAGAGGUUCUGGGAUGACCUAACUGUUUCAUAUUUGGGUUUUCUUCCUUUUCCCCCAAAACUCUAAUCCUCGUUCUAGAGGAAGGAGUAGAUCUUACCUGAUCCCCUUAGGGCUUCAGCUUUUUCUGCCUCAAAACUGUCCCUAACUGGCCCUUUGUGGUAGGCCCACUUUAGGGGAAAAUGGGCCUUUAUAUCUGCUUAUCGGGGUUCAGUGGAGUGAGAGAGGGUGACCAGGUCGGCCUCUUGUAUCUCUUCCCCCGCAAGGCAUGUCUGUGAGUUGGCCCUGCCCCUCCUAAUUUACGGUGUGAAGGGAGCCAUGAAAUGCAGCAUUCUCCUGCCGUUCUCUCAGGGACUCUCAAGGGCAGCUCCUGCCACUCAGCUAGGACUAGCGUGCCAGUCCGGGCAGAGCAGGUGGCUGACCAGCCGCCUUGGCAUGCCCCUCCAUGUGGCCCUGGACAGGGUGGUUCAGGGUGCUGUCUCGAGGAGGCAGGCAGAGAUGCCGUGUGUUUCCACAGGGCCAUGUUGCCACGGCUCCUCUUAUCUCUUUAGGGUUGGCUAGCAUCUCUGGAAAUAGCAUUUGCAAGAGGAGUGGUGGGAGAAAUGGGGGACGUUCUGGCACCCCCCUUUAUGUCAGUCCUAUCUGAAGUGGCUUCAGGCGCUUUUAUGCCAGAACUUGUGAAGGUGACAGAAGUGGGUCCAGGCUGGAAACCUGAACCUUUUGGGCGGGAGAACCAGAGCAGUGCCAGCCAAGGUCGGGUUGGUCAGGACAGUGCGGGAACCUUCCCAGCUGGCCUGGCCUCUGCAUUGGUUUUCAUAAGUAUUUCCUAGACAGAGAGGCACCUGGAUCAGUAUUAGUCUAUUUAUCAGAGAUGUAAAUAAUCCAUGUAUAGUUUUUCUCCUUUUAGAUUAUUUUGUAUUUGUUUAAAAAAAGUUUUGUCAAAUACAAAAUAUAAAGAAAUGAUUGAAAGUUGUUGACAGGGUUUUUAAAAAAUUAUAAUUAUUAUUCUAAUUGUUUUUGUUUGUUUUGCCUUGUAAACUAGCGCCAAGGAACUGCAGCAAAUAAACUCCAAAUCUGUCCAAGCCA